AUGGAUCACUUGUAUCGCUAUGAGGUUUUCAGUCGCGAAGUUCUCAGUCUUGCACGUGAACACCCUCUACUGCGUUACGCUGCCUGCGCCGUUGCUGCCAAACAACUGGGGCAGAUGAGAACCUCGUUAUCUACCAUGGUCCGUGGCAAAACCCAAGAACACCUCGCGAGACUUGCUCAGGGUAGACUUGGAUUUGGCUGGUUUGGCGCGAAAUAUUAUGAAAUGGCAAUACAAACCCUGGCCAAAUCAAUCUCUCGAACCGAUGCUGCAGCUAACCUGGUCUCAACACCAAUGUCCUUGUCUCAGGGCAAUCUCAUGGUGCAUGCUGACAAGGAAGAUCCAAUCGUGAGGCUUCUUGGAACUUGUAUACUCAUUCAGUACGAGCAGCUCAGCGCUAGCCGGAACGCUUGGUCUGGCCACUUGACGGGAUUUUCAAAACUGCUUUCCUUGAUCGACGAUGGGGGCCUCCUCAUACCGAACCCUGUCUUUGAGGCAGUUUAUCCCUUCACCAAGGAUGUCAUGUACAUGAAAGCCGGAUUCUGGAAUUUUGUAGUCAACGACCUAGAAGAAUCCUUUGUCUCGAGAAGGAAAACGCGCGUUGACACCAACAACCUUUCUCUUUGGCGCAAUAUGGGUCUCCUCAUCGAUGAUGAUGGGACAGUGGCUAAUGAUGUUACUCCGAAUGGGCUCCUCAGCACACCGGAGCAUGCAAGAGACAAGGUGCUAUCAUUCGCCCUCGUCAGACUGUUAUGUAUGCUCGUAGAUUACGUGGCGCCUUUAUCAUCCAACCUGAAUCUCCUUCUUAGUCACGAUACGACUGCGUUUGGGUAUUUGGAGAGCCGAUUUGAUUCCUGGCUUCAAAUCUUGUCUCCGUCAUUUCAUGCUGAUGGGACUUUCUUGACGCGACGAUCAGAUGAUCAGGAUUCAGAUUUGUUCAACCGAGAGCUCUGGUUCAGCAAUGACCUCUGCUCCACCACUAUGAUGUAUUAUCACAUGGCACGCAUGCUUUUACUCAUUCAUCGCCCGUCCGAUCUACUGCCAGGAACCACUUCUUCGGCUCCCGCAAGCGCAUCAUUCGAUCUGCUGCUUACUUUUCGGGACAUUGAACAAAAGCUUCGGUAUCAUGCCUCCGAAGUAAUUGCCAUUAUCAAUGCAACGCCGUGUGAUGCUGUCAAGCUUCGAGCCAUCCAGCCGCUAUACGUGGCUGGCAGAUGUUGUACUACAGCAAACGACCAGCGAUUACUGAUCAAGAUGCUUCGGAACAUAGAAGACAAUCUUGGGAUUGCGACGGAUUACAGAGUAAAGUCACUGCUUUCAGAAUGGAGGACAUCUUGCGACACCCUUGGCUUGGAAACAAGGUUACCAAACCCAAAUCGAUCCCCAUAG